AUGACUUUGGACACUGGCCUCUUCACUCUGACAAAAGGGGGCGAUGCAACUUCUGGCCAAAGGGUGCGUCAAGAAGACUGUGGCGUCGUGCCCAUCGGCACCAGUGCUCCAGGAGGUGAUUCUAACGCUCCAGGAAACUGGCCCUGGUUGGUCAGCAUUUCCAACGGCAGCCAGCAUCUCUGUUCUGGCUCACUUAUUAGCAGGGAGUGGGUGUUGACAUCUGCUCACUGCAUGUAUGGCUAUGGAUCUGCAGUCACAGUAGUUUAUCUGGGCCGCUACAAUCAGUCAGUUCCAAGUCCUGGUGAAGUGUCAAGGAAAGUUAUUUCGAGGAGAUGCCACAUUUACUAUGACAGCAUCAUCGGCCUGAACGACAUCUGCCUCCUGAAGCUAUCGGUCCCUGUUAAUUUCACCGCCACCAUACGACCAGUCUGCUUAGCCGAUGAACACAGUGCUCUUCACACCGGGGAGCGCGGCUGGGUUCCUCGUCGCUUUGAAAUGGAAGAUAUGGAUGAUGAGGAAGGUAACGACACUUCCGAAGCUCUUCAAGUGGUGAAGUUAGCAGUGGUGGGACAAAACGAAUGCAGCUGUGCCCAUGGUGGUAGGAUCCCAAAUGAGUUCGUGUGUGCUGAGCCCAGAGCAGACGACGAUGACGACAACGACAGUUCUGAGGGAGACUUGGGGGCUCCAAUGAUCGCCAAAAACCAUACAGUCUGGGUCCAGUUUGGAAUAGUGAAUUAUGGUCUCAUCUGGACCUUUGGACCACCUCCUAAAGGCUACACCCGGGUGUCAGAGUUCCAGGACUGGAUCAGCGGCAUCGUCGGCAACAAUAGCCUGCCGGGCUUUGUCGAAUUCGUUUCAGAAGGAGUUGACAGCGACUUGAAUUUCACCUGUUCGACACACCCACCUCCAACACGCGCACCUUCAACACGUGGACCUCCAACACGCGCACCUUCAACACGUGGACCUUCAACACGCGGACCUCCAACACGCGGACCCCCAACACGCGGACCCCUGACUGAUGACAAAGGUGGCGGCAGCAUAUUCGACAGCGCUGAAAGUGUGAUCAGCUUCUCCCACUUCACUCACCUGGCCUCCGUGUGCAGUCUUGCUCUGUAUCUGUGGGUGUUUGGUUAG